ACGUUAUUGAAGUUUCUCAUCGAAUCAUGAUCUGAAUUUUGAUUCGAUUUGCUGUUCUCUAUUUGUUUAGUUUCAAUGAGUUCGGUUUUACUAAUUGUGUGGCAGUUGCAGGUUUUGGACUCGAAUCGAGUCGGUGACUUUUACUGAGAAGAUGAAUAACCCUAGAAAUACCAUUCAAUUUGACGAAGGAUGGAACUUUGUGCAAAAAGCGAUUACGAAACUAACAAAUAUUCUCGAAGGACUGCCUGAGCCACAAUUCACCACACAAGAAAACAUGAUGAUCUACGAGACAAUAUAUAACAUGUGUACACAAAAGCCCCCUUACGACCAUACUGCUCGAUUGUACGAAAAGUACCAAGAAUCUUAUGUAGAGUAUAUUCUUACAACGGUGCUGCCUUCUUUGAACGAGAAAAAUGGUGAAUUAAUGUUGAGGGAGCUCGUGAUAAGGUGGUCGAAUCAUAAAAUCAUGGUGGAUUGCCUUUCGAAAUUCUUUCACUAUAUUGAUCGUUAUUACGUAGUCAGGCUGUAUCUUAUUCCGUGUAAAGAAGUUGGUCUCCUAACCUUUCGAGACCUGGUGUACUAUAAGAUAAAGGGAAAAGUGAGGGAUGCUGUUAUAUGUCUGAUUAAUCGAGAGAGGGAAGGAGAACAAAUAGAUCGAGUCUUACUAAAGAACGUGUUGGAUUUUUUUGUUGAAAUUGGAAUGGGGGAAAUGGAUUAUUACGAGGACUUCGAAGAAGCAAUGAUCAAUGAUGCAGCUGCUUACUAUUCACAAAAGGCUUCUAUUUGGGUAUUAGAUUCUUCGUGUUACGAUUAUAUGCUCAAAGCUCACGAGUGCUUCAGACAAGAAAAGGACAGGGUGUCUUGUUAUCUCCAUCCAAGUACCGAGACAAAGUUGCUCAAGGUACGUUUAAAACGGUUGAUGGUUCAAUUUUAUGCAAAAUUUUCUGUAACGAUUGAUCCAAUGAUUAAUUUUCCUGUUUUAGCGUAUCAAAUUUUACUUUUUGUUUUCUAUAGAAAGUACAGCAGGAGUUUUCGUCGGUGGUCUCUGGGCAUUCGGCUCAACUGCUUGAGAAGAUGCACUUAGAAGAUUCAUCCGACGACAUGGUUGACGAUUUCGUGGUUGUAUAAAGCUAUAGUCGAGCGAAGAUGGUGAUUAUGCUGGAUCACCGGAAGAGUUGCCCUUUUUUUUUCUUCUUUUUUUUUGUUAAAUUAUUACUUAGGAAGGUUAUUAAUUAUAAUUUCUUGCUAUUUUACAAGCAAUUAGUUAGUACAUGAAAUAUAUCAUGUACAAUUCGAAGGUGACAUUUAUUUAUUUAUUUAUUUAUUAUUUUAAAUUGAGUAUUUAUAAUGUGGUUAAAACUGAAUUCUGCUAAACAACUUGAAUUCUUCAUUCAUGGUGAAGUGCUAGUCACUUCUUGAAUCUGGCACGUGAGUCACCACACGUAUUUGCAAAUAAAUGUAAGGUCACCGACACUCAAAUCAUCUAGAACUUAAUACCCACAAAUUUAUUAAAUUUGUGGUUUGAUAAUUUAAUAUUUAUUUAAAUUGAU